UCUCCGCUCUUUCUAGGCUCUCGUCGGCGGCGACUACGCGGCGUAGUAGACGUUGGGGCUGUGGGUAGGCGACGAGCAUCGGGAUCGGAAUGAACAGCGGCGGCGGUUUCACCUUGGGCCUUGGCUUCGGCCUGACCAACACGGCUGUGAUUCAGGUUACUAACCUGUCGUCGGCGGUGACCAGCGAGCAGAUGCGGACCUUGUUCACUUUCCUGGGAGAAAUCGAAGAGCUGCGGCUCUACCCCCCUGACAACGCACCUCUUGCUUUUUCCUCCAAAGUAUGUUAUGUUAAGUUUCGUGACCCAUCGAGUGUUGGUGUGGCCCAGCAUCUAACUAACACGGUUUUUAUUGACAGAGCUCUCAUAGUUGUACCGUGUGCAGAAGGUAAAAUUCCAGAAGAAUCCAAAGCCCUUUCUUUACUGGCUCCUGCUCCAACCAUGACGAGUCUGAUGCCUGGUGCAGGGUUGCUUCCUAUACCAACUCCAAAUCCCUUGACUACAGUAAGUAGUAUUAAUCCUUUUAGUGUCUCACUUAGCAGUUUGGGAGCUAUACCAGCAGCAGCACUAGAUCCUAACCUUGCUACACUUGGAGAGAUACCACAGCCACCACUUAUGGGAAAUGUGGAUCCUUCCAAAAUUGAUGAGAUUAGGAGGACCGUCUAUGUUGGAAACUUGAAUUCCCAGACAACCACAGCUGAUCAGCUCCUUGAAUUUUUUAAACAAGUUGGAGAAGUGAAGUUUGUUCGAAUGGCAGGUGAUGAGACUCAGCCAACUCGAUUUGCUUUUGUGGAAUUUGCAGAUCAGAACUCAGUACCAAGAGCUCUUGCUUUUAAUGGAGUAAUGUUUGGAGACAGGCCGCUGAAAAUAAAUCACUCCAACAAUGCAAUAGUAAAGCCUCCUGAGAUGACUCCUCAGGCUGCUGCUAAGGAACUAGAAGAAGUUAUGAAAAGAGUACGAGAAGCCCAGUCCUUUAUCUCAGCAGCUAUUGAACCAGAGUCUGGAAAGAGCAAUGAAAGAAAAGGCGGCAGAUCUCGUUCCCAUACUCGUUCAAAAUCCAGGUCUAGCUCAAAAUCACAUUCUAGAAGGAAAAGAUCACCAUCAAAACACAGGAGCAGAUCCCAUAAUAGGUCCCGUUCGAGACAGAAAGAUAGACGUAGAUCUAAGAGUCCCUACAAAAAACGUUCCAAGUCUAAGGAGAGAAGGAAAUCAAGGACUCGUUCACGUUCACGGGACAAGAAAAAAGAAAAAGAAAAUCGAGAAAAGAUCAAGGAAAAAGAAAGACUGAGAGAAAAAGAAAGGGAUAGAGACAGAGAAAGGGAAAAGGAACGGAGUAAAAAUAAAGAAAGAGAUCGAGAAAAGGACAGAGAGAGAGAUCGAGAAAAAGAUCAAGAAAAAGAACAGGAAAAGGAGCGAGAUAAAGAAAAGGAACAGGACAGAGAGAGAGAACGAGAAAAGGAGAGAGCCAGAGAGAUAGAUGAAAAAAGAAAGAAGGAUAAGAAAUCCAGAACACCUCCCAGAAGUUAUAAUGCAUCAAGAAGAUCUCGUAGUUCCAGCAGAGAAAGACGUAGAAGGAAGAGCAGAAGUCCUUCUAAAUCGCCAAAAACAUCAAAAGCCAUAAAAAGGAAGUCUUCUCGGUCUCCAUCACCCCGGAGCAGAAAUAAGAAGGAUAAAAAGAAGGAAAAAGAAAAAGACCAAAAUAUAGAAAGAAAAGAGAGAGAACGAUCAACAUCUAAGAAAAAGAGCUUUAAAGACAAAGAUGUGAAAGACAAAUUGGAAAAGAGCACAAGUACAUUGAAGGAGAAAGAACAGACUAAGGAAGUACCAGACAUAGGAGGUGAAAAAAUAGGUGAUGACAAAGAAGCUCCAAAGACUGAUGAAAACAAAGUACAGCACAAUGGGAAUUGCCAACCAAAUGAAGAAAACCUUACUGCCAAGGCAGAAAUGGUAUAGGGCCAAUAGAUCUGUACCACUAAACUCAGCUGUAGAGUGGAAUCCAAAGCUUUUAAUUCUCUCAUUAAGAAGCCAACAGUAAAGCAGUCCAGUCGACUAUAGAUAUGUAUGAAUAGCUCUUACAGUCGUCAGAUGACUUUAUGGUCAUCUUAUUAAAGAGAAAGGAAACCAAGUAUGGGCAUCAUGAAAACAAGGAAUGUUACCCACCCUGACUCAUCAAAAAUCUGUGCAUUUCCAUGAUGGCUGACCUACUUGUGAAAUAAUUUGUUAGUGUUUGCCAAGGACCAUUAUAAAAGAUCUGAAUUUGCAAUGCUCAGAAAUGAAAAAGAUAAUGCAUUGGAGGCUGUUCAAAUACUGCUAGUUAUUGAAUUUUGUACUUUGCUUUUAUGUUUUAAUUUCAAUAUAUAUUGUUUGAUGAUGUGUUUGAAAAUGGUGCAAAAAUAUAAAUACACCCCUGUAAAUGGAAAAAAAAGUAUGUAAGACAUUUUAACAUUACUUCACAGUUUUACAGUGAUUGUGUUAAAUGCCUAUUAAUAGGUUUUCAUUUGCUCACUAUUUGGGACAACAGUUCUUUUAUCUAAAAUAUUUUUUCAGAUUAAAAUUGCUAAAUGUGUGGACUUUUAAAAAAGUUAAGUGGUGCAUGCUAACUGUUCCAUUCCAAGAAAAGGAAGAGCAACCAUCUUGAAUACUAAUAUGCUUAAUUUUUUUUUUCUUCCCAAAGUGAGCAUACCUUUGUUGUUAAUAUUUUGAAGUUUAUUUUUGUGUCUGGUCAGCUGCAAAUGGCAUAGGUGUUCUUAACAUAAGGAAACCUAGUUUUCAAAACAGGCUAUGGGAGCACAAGCUGAAGCUUUAGUGCCUUCUAGUGUUUUCUAGUAUUUUAUAUGUGCUAGUCAUUCUCAGUUCAUACUGAACCUAGAUAGCUAUUCCACCCACCCCCAUAGAGGAAUGUGUAAGUAGUGUGGAAGAACAGCUUCUUAGUUCACCUAAUACAAGAAAGAGGUUAGGUCUUUAAGGACAGGUUUAUCGCAUGAAGCAGAAAUAUAGUUUGGGGACCAUCGGUUUUGUACUCUUGUAGCUGAAAGUGAAGCAUGUUCUUAUUUUGCCUAAAUCAAAGGAAGCCCUUUAAUUCUCUACAUUGGAUGGCCUUAAUCAUUACCUCGCAAUCAUUUUCUUUAAUGCUGGUUAUGUGAUGUGCAAAAACUGUACCUGAAAGGGAUAGAGGUAUGUAUGGCUUUUUCUCCCCCCCCUCCCCC